CCCUUGUCUUAGCGCGGUGGUUUGGGGUCUGUCAAAGAUGUUCAAACGCCACGUCACAAGUUAUUUGCUGGCAACGUGGCAUCACAGCCCUCGCUGUAGUGGUGUGAGACGACACAGCGCGUUCAUAUGCGGAGUGAUCCGGCCGCAACGCGGUCGUGCCGGCAAUCAAUUCCACUCUCGAUCGAGCUUGGUUCAUCAUCCCAGAUACACACGCGAUGUCGUCGUACGGGCUGCCCACUAACGCGGGCGACGAGGUGCUCAGAUGCAAGAUAGCCGAAGUGGGAGACAACUUGCAUUCGCUGGACAUAUCCAACUGCAUCGUAGCGAUACCAGCAUUCCUGCUGUCGGUCGCAUCCGACCUAAGUAACCUCCAAGCAAUUUCGUGCGUUGCAUGCCCUCUGAAGGUGAGCCUCCUUCUGGACCGGCUGCUGUGGUCGUUCGAGAACGUCACGCAGCUGGAGUUCUCGCUCGUCGACGGCAAGGACGAUACCAAGGAAGAACUCACCAAGAUUCAGUGCUUGGCAAGCGUGCACGCGGGUAAGGAAACCAAGAUCCGCAAGAUGUACGUCGAGGUGUCGGACAAACACAACAUCAGGCUGCUGAUGCGGUUCCUGGAAUACUGUCCGCUCCUGAAGGAACUGCACGUUCACUUUGUGCACGAAGUCAGUCCGGACUGGUGCGCGUUGGUGUGCGCGAGCAUCGCCAGGGACUUGCCCGGUUCUGGGACGUUGACGGUCACCUGCGAGGCCCCGUUCACGGCGUACUCAGACCUUAGGCAGCCGGUCGACUUGCGUUAUUGCAUCAAACUUCACGGUACUGUGGUGUUCCGGAAGAAUCUGCGGGCCUUGAACUUCGCCCAGCUGCGAGAUCUGGCUUUGUCACCCGAUACGACGCUCCCGCUUGAACCAGUCGUCCUGGUGGCUGUCGACUCUGCAGAACUCGGUUUCCUCAUUGGCAUCCUUCAGCACAACUGGAGCCACUUACGGAGCCUGUGCUUCCUGCUGUACGCCGGAAACAUCGACCAAUCCGCGUACCCGACCGUCCGCCCUAUGCACGACUCGGCCUUGCGCCAAUUUUUCGCCAGGCUUCUCAACCUCGUCGAGCUCAAUGUCAGCUCCCUCCACUUCGGUGAAGGCGUCGACUUCACAACUCUCCUGGCUGCGCCAGCUAUGCAGCGCCUCCGAGCGCUGUCCCUGCCACCAUGUGGUCUGCGAUCCGAAGGCGCCGUGCGCCGGCUGGCCCUCAAGCUCGGAGGCGUGGAAGAUUUGGACAUCCGACUCAACAUGGAUGGCCGACACAAGAAAUGCCCUUCCUGCGCCAACGAGCUCGCCAUCGAACCCACUGAUGCGAGCGCGUUUUCCACCGGAAUCGGCCGUCUUACGCUAAGCAACGUGCGUAACCUGGUUUCUUUGAACUUUCUGGCGCAUUUCAAGAUGGCCCACUUGCGGUUCAUCGACGACUCCAACGUGCCGCGCUUCGGAUAUAAGGCUCUCUCAACGGCUUUACGCGCCUGCGAAGCCCUCCGCUCUCUUGUCAUCAGGAUGUCUCUCAUAGAAUUCUGCGUGCCGUCUUUCGAGACCUUGUUAAGCCCUGUGAGCGCUCUGGAACGCCUGUGCCUCCUCACCAAGAAUAAGCUGAGGGCAUCGUAUGCGGAGGCGGUCGUGGAAGCCAUGGCCAGCCAACUGCCAUCCAUCUUCUACUUGCACAUCCACUACGUAGAUGUUGAAACAGGCUCCAAAACCAGCACGACCUGGAUUCGCCUGCCCGAAGGUGAGACGGAGGGCCGGCCAAGUAAAGGAAAAGUGAUGUCAGGGAAGCCUUGCAUCAUGUGCUCGACCCAGACGUUCGUAGCACUGGCAAAGCCGCGCUACAGGGAACUGCAGGAAAUUGAACAGCGGCUACGGCGUUUUUGAAGUGGUCACUGCAGGAACUCAGCCUUGUAUAGAGGCAGUUGGAUGAUCUUCGAUAGCUGCGAGUCAUAGUACUGCAUUUGUAUGUCCUCCAUUUGGAAGCGUUGCGUGUGACGAUUUUAGUCGUUACACCUCGAACACAACGAUUAGUUCUUAAACUGCCUACUAUAGAUUUUUUUAUGCUGCUAACAAAUUUUAUUUCUCUUCAUGACUCUGGUCUUCAUGUUACUAAAAGACACCUGCUGGUGCCUGCUUAACGUAUCCACAGCUUCUGACACUAUGACCCAAACGUGUUAGCGAUUUUAUGAGCAGCUUUCACGUGUCAACAAUUUUUAGAACAUUUAAAUACGUUUACGGCUUAGCA